AUGGCCUAUUUUGACAUUUACGAAGACAAUACGAUCAGCCCCUCUCCGCCAGCAGCUAUAAACGAUGCGGAUCCCACUGUCCACUGUUUCGAGUCUGGACCAUCGUCGAGAGAAGCGCACAAAUUAGAAAGUACCCGAGAAGAACAGGACGUAUACUUCGAGAGCGAGGAGCAUGGAGAGACUGCAGAGCGCGAUUUGGUUGUUGCAAUGUCCGUAGAGAACGGAGACCGACAAGUAAUUGAGCAUGGAUUCCCUGAUCAGUCGAACGUCGACCCCGGCGAGAUGACCAUACAAAGAGACCCGACUACCAAAUUCUGGAAGCGUUGGCCGGGAUACCAGACACUCAGGGGAAUGUUGUAUGGAAGCCCAAAUGUAAAGGCUGACGAGGAGCCAAAGGUCCAAAAAUUGAUGCCACGCCGACCCGCUCAACAAUCGACAGGUCACAUCGCCGUUGGUAAGAGUCACAAUGCACGUGUUCAAGAACCUUCGACUACGAGAGAUGGCUCUUGCAGCGAUCAGGAGGAGAGGACUCAGUAUCACUGGCUGUCAUCACACAGAUUGCAAGCUUUACACAUGAAGCUAUCCCAUGGGUUUCCAUCAAAGACUCAAGAUGAUAGCCGCAAAGAACCUUUACACCGAGGAGACACUGUGGGGAACUAA